CUUUUACCAGUCGCCCUUCUCCCUGCAUUGUUUAGGAUCAGCUGUGCAUGGAUCUGAAACCCCACCCAAUGAGGAAGGACAAACCAUAGGGAGGAACAGGGACUGCAAGAAAACAGAGCGAGGGGGCCUUUUACGAUAGUGUCGAUCAUUACAGGGCAAUAAUAACGAUUAUUGCCGUUUUCAGUGCAAUUUUCUCCCAGGAAGAGGAAGGAAGUCUAUAUUGCAACAUUUCUCCUACUGUGCGCCGCGACGGUGAAGCUAGUCAGCUGAUAUUUCGUUAGCAAUUUCCAACGAGCGGCGACAAAAUGAUUGCCUUGAUUAACAAGCUUCUGGACUGGUUUAAAGCCCUGUUUUGGAAGGAGGAGAUGGAACUGACAUUGGUUGGUUUGCAGUAUUCGGGGAAGACGACCUUUGUAAACGUGAUUGCGUCGGGGCAGUUCAGCGAGGACAUGAUCCCUACUGUGGGCUUCAACAUGAGGAAGAUCACCAAGGGCAACGUCACAAUCAAGCUGUGGGACAUUGGAGGCCAGCCUCGGUUCAGGAGUAUGUGGGAGAGGUACUGCCGUGGAGUCAGUGCUAUUGUAUAUAUGGUUGACGCUGCCGACCCUGAAAAGAUCGAGGCCUCCAAGAACGAACUGCACAACUUGUUAGACAAGCCCCAGCUGCAGGGCAUUCCAGUGCUUGUGUUAGGAAACAAAAGAGAUCUUCAAGGUGCCUUGGAUGAGAAGGAGCUGAUCGAGAGAAUGAAUCUGUCUGCCAUUCAGGACCGAGAGAUCUGCUGCUAUUCGAUCUCAUGCAAGGAGAAGGACAACAUUGACAUCACACUACAGUGGCUGAUCCAGCACUCAAGGACCAGGAGAAGCUGAACCCCCCCAGCCCUUCAUCCAGCCCACCUUGACCUAACCCUGGAGGACCAGCGUCCGGUGCACACACCCACACACACAUGUACACAUAUACACACACAUACACACAAACACACGCAUACAUUUACACAUACACAAAUACACACACACACACACACACACACAAACUCACACACAAACUCACACUCACACACUCACAGGCUUCUCAAAUUUACUGUUCUAAACAAAAAAAAAAUAGUAAUCCCUCACCGCCCCUCUCAUUUCCUCUACAUAACCCCCCCUACUCAAUCACCACUCUCCCCUUCCCCACUCAUUACACAUUCAGCCAAGUUCUGUUCUUGUAAAGACAUUGUGUAAAAAAUAUGAUUUGCACUGCUUUUUUUCUCUGGUUUUGUAGUUUGUUUUUUACAUACACAUUUUUUUUACAAGUGACUGACUGGAUAGCAUUUGGCUCUUUGAUAAGUCACUGAUCAAAUAACGGCUUGUUGUUUACCUUCUUUGCGCUUUUUUGUUGACCUUUUUUUUGUUAUUGUUCGUUUGUUUGUUUGAUGGGAAUCUAAAAUGUCUCGUGCUGGUCAGAGGGUUUCAUUGUUGGCUUGGUCUCACCUUCAACAGCCACAGUGGAGAGAUCCACAUGGCAUGCUCUUCAGCAUUAUCAUAGUAUCAGUGGCCAGAGGUAGAUCACGGACAGUCAUUUGUGAAUUCAGCUGAUAAUUGAUUGCCAUCGCUGACUUCCUGAAAAAGGAAAAGUCCCACCCUUGGCUGAGUAGUGAUUGUGUGUGUGUGUGUGUGUGUGUGUAUGUGUGUGUGUGAGGGAGAACCAGCCUAGUACCAGUUAAUCAUGGUUUUCUUGGUAGGGGAAGGGAAGUGAGCAUACCACCUGCCUCAGUGUGUGGCUUUUCAUCUUAAAAUCAGAAGAGAAAAAAAAGAACAGUGACGAUUGUGCUGGUUGGUCUAACUUCUGAAUGCAUCUGCAAAACACAGUAGCCAUAAAAUCAGCUCUCUUUCUUCAGCGAGGUACUUGCAUGCAAUGACGCCCCUGUCCUCCAAACCCCACCUGCCCUUGCUAUGUCGUCUUGGCAAUUUAUGUUGUGAAUCAAACCUGGAAAAUUCAAUGUGCAAACUAUGUAUCUUCUUGCCUUUGUCUUGUAUUACCAAGCUGUAAGCAAAUUUUAGUAAUACCUGUAUCAUGAAGAAAGUGAUUUGCUGACAGCUCUUAAUGACCUGACCAGACUUGCGUUAUGAGAUACCGUGUGUGGUCUUGUCCCUCUGUGUAGACCAGGUCAGGCCGUAGCCCAGUCAGUAAAGAUGUUAAGUGUAUUUAUCCCGCAGGAGCAGGAAGCACACGAGUGGCCAGCUUAUAGCUCUGGUUGGAGAUCUUGUGAGAGUAACUCCUGGCCACUCGGGACGCUUAUGUUUUUGUGUAUUUACAGCAUCAGAAAUGAAAUGAUGUGUACAGUGCUGAGACCAUUUGGUUCAAAAUUGAAUGAUGAUGAUCAUAAUAAUCAGAACCAGCAUGUUUGUCCAUUAUUGGAAUAGAUUAGAUUAUAAAAGUCAAUAUUUUUUAUCUGCAUCAUGUGAUCUGUUGUUACAUAUACCCUCAUUAAAGCCAUAGUUUGCUCUUUUUAAGCUUUUUUUGGAAGGUUCCCAAAUUUUUAAACCCCUUGUAUUAUUCUCCUGAUUGGACACUGUUUUGAACGUAUUUCUGAGAGCACAGAUUCAGAGGCUUAUGCAGAGUUGAACUGAGUGCACAUUUUCGGCACAUUGUUUCUGUUUCGCACAUUCCUGUUGAGGGGGUGGGGACAAUUCAGUCUCUUUUGAUGCUCUGCGGUCCUCUGCACAUCAUGGUUUCGGAUCCUCCAACAGCUUUGCACUGCUGCUUUGGAAAAGGUUAAUACCUUUCGAUCUUAUGCUUGGUAGUUUGACAGCGUGGGAAGAGUGAGGCAAGACUCGGUGGACCCGUGUUAAGUUUGAAAUAUUUUCUGAUUGGUAUGCAAUUCGCUUGGAUUUGGUUCAGGAUAAGGUAUAUGUUGCACGGCCCGCCAUUAGAUGUCUUAAAUGAACAAUGCUAGAAUGCAUUCCUGGAUUUGUGUGUGUGUGUGUGUGUGAUUCUUGGAUUAGAAUCUGUACAUCCCCUGCCCCACCAGAAACCAGCAGUUCCAACAGUGCUUACUGCAUUCGUUUUGUUCUUACCAUUUGUUCCCCCCUUGUCUGCCAGACUCUUUACACAUUACACACUAAUACACCUGGCUGUGUUGGCUUGGGUUCAGCUGUCUUAUCUCUGGGUUUGAACUGACCAUGCCAUUAUGGGAGUCAUGGAAACACACAAUUCUGUAUGAAACCCCCAAAAUUCUGUUUGCCAGUUGCCUUUUUACAUUUUUUCCCCUUUUCUUUUUUUACUGAUUGCCUAAGGUGUUGGAAGGUGUACUGUGUCAGUUUCAUUUUUUGAAGGUACGUUUCCGUUACAUUAUACAUAUGUACAUUUGCAAGCAAACAAACAAACAACCUUUUGGCAUGUUUUUGAAGAGUUUCUAUUUGCGCUCUCCGAUGGGAUGUUGUACAUAGCAACUUGGAACCAAAACAAACUCUCCUGUCUGUUCAAGUCCUAUGAGUUUUUGUGAAAGCUGUGUGCAAAAAAACAUAUGUAUAUAUAAAGCAUAAAUUGUUUUAUUAGCUUUGUUGGUGAAGGAGUGAGUUGUAAUGGGCAUAACCUGUUUCUGUUUGGUGGAGGGAUCUGUUGGAAUAAAUGGGGAUCACCUCUUUUUUUA